AUGGAAUUAAGAUUUCCCAGGUUUAGCCAAGGCUUAGCUCAGGACCCCACUACUCGUCGUAUUUGGUUUGGUAUUGCUACCGCACAUGAUUUCGAAAGUCAUGAUGAUAUUACUGAGGAACGUCUUUAUCAGAACAUUUUUGCUUCUCACUUUGGGCAGUUAGCAAUAAUCUUUCUAUGGACGUCCGGAAAUCUGUUUCAUGUAGCUUGGCAAGGAAAUUUUGAAUCAUGGAUACAGGAUCCUUUACACGUAAGACCUAUUGCUCAUGCCAUUUGGGAUCCUCAUUUUGGGCAACCCGCUGUGGAAGCCUUUACUCGAGGAGGUGCUGCCGGUCCAGUGAAUAUCGCUUAUUCUGGGGUUUAUCAGUGGUGGUAUACAAUUGGAUUGCGCACCAAUGAAGAUCUUUAUACUGGAGCUCUUUUUCUAUUAUUUCUUUCUACGCUAUCCUUAAUAGGGGGUUGGUUACAUCUACAACCCAAAUGGAAGCCAAGCCUUUCGUGGUUCAAAAACGCCGAAUCUCGUCUGAAUCAUCAUUUGUCAGGACUUUUCGGAGUAAGUUCUUUGGCUUGGACAGGACAUUUAGUUCAUGUUGCUAUUCCCGGAUCCUCUAGGGGGGAGUACGUUCGAUGGAAUAAUUUCUUAGAUGUAUUACCCUAUCCCCAGGGGUUGGGUCCCCUUCUGACGGGUCAGUGGAAUCUUUAUGCCCAAAAUCCUGAUUCGAGUAAUCAUUUAUUUGGUACCACUCAAGGAGCGGGAACUGCCAUUCUGACCCUUCUUGGGGGAUUCCAUCCACAAACACAAAGUUUGUGGCUGACCGAUAUUGCUCAUCAUCAUUUAGCUAUUGCAUUUAUUUUUCUCAUUGCCGGUCAUAUGUAUCGAACUAACUUCGGAAUUGGGCACAGUAUCAAAGAUCUUUUAGAAGCACAUACUCCUCCGGGGGGUCGAUUAGGACGUGGGCAUAAAGGCCUUUAUGAUACAAUCAAUAAUUCGAUUCAUUUUCAAUUAGGCCUUGCUCUAGCUUCCUUAGGGGUUAUUACUUCCUUAGUAGCUCAACAUAUGUACUCUUUACCUGCUUAUGCAUUCAUAGCACAAGACUUUACUACUCAAGCUGCUUUAUAUACUCAUCACCAAUACAUUGCAGGGUUCAUCAUGACAGGGGCUUUUGCUCAUGGAGCUAUUUUUUUCAUUAGGGAUUACAAUCCGGAACAGAAUGAAGAUAAUGUAUUGGCAAGAAUGUUAGACCAUAAGGAAGCUAUCAUAUCUCAUUUAAGUUGGGCUAGCCUCUUCCUAGGAUUCCAUACCUUGGGCCCUUAUGUUCAUAACGACGUUAUGCUUGCUUUUGGUACUCCAGAAAAGCAAAUCUUGAUUGAACCUAUAUUUGCCCAAUGGAUACAAUCUGCUCAUGGUAAGACGACAUAUGGGUUCGAUAUACUCUUAUCUUCAACGAAUGGCCCCACUUUCAAUGCAGGUCGAAACAUAUGGUUGCCCGGAUGGUUGAAUGCUGUUAAUGAGAAUAGUAAUUCGCUUUUCUUAACAAUAGGACCUGGGGAUUUCUUGGUUCAUCAUGCUAUUGCUCUAGGUUUGCAUACAACUACAUUGAUUUUAGUAAAGGGUGCUUUAGAUGCACGCGGUUCCAAAUUAAUGCCGGAUAAAAAGGAUUUCGGGUAUAGUUUUCCUUGCGACGGCCCAGGGCGCGGCGGUACUUGUGAUAUUUCUGCUUGGGACGCGUUUUAUUUGGCAGUUUUCUGGAUGUUAAAUACCAUUGGAUGGGUUACUUUUUAUUGGCAUUGGAAACACAUUACAUUAUGGCAGGGCAACGUUUCACAAUUUAAUGAAUCCUCCACUUAUUUGAUGGGAUGGUUAAGAGAUUACCUAUGGUUAAACUCUUCACAACUUAUUAAUGGAUAUAAUCCUUUUGGGAUGAAUAGUUUAUCAGUAUGGGCUUGGAUGUUCUUAUUUGGACAUCUUGUUUGGGCUACAGGAUUUAUGUUCUUAAUUUCCUGGCGUGGAUAUUGGCAGGAAUUAAUUGAGACUUUAGCAUGGGCUCAUGAACGGACACCUUUGGCUAAUUUAAUUCGCUGGAGAGAUAAGCCCGUGGCUCUUUCCGUUGUGCAAGCAAGAUUGGUCGGAUUAGCCCACUUUUCCGUGGGUUAUAUAUUCACUUAUGCAGCUUUCUUGAUUGCCUCAACAUCAGGCAAGUUCGGUUAA